UACUUUGGAAGUUUACUUGUCAUUUUUUGUGUAGAACUGGCCUGUGGUGUUUGGACAUACGAGCAGGAAAUUAUGCUUCCAGUACAGUGGUCAGACAUGGUCACUUUGAAAGCCAGAAUGACAAAUUAUGGCUUACCUAGAUACCGCUGGCUUACUCACGCUUGGAAUUUUUUUCAGAGAGAGGUAAGUGCUACCAUUUCUGAGGCCUAUUUCACCCCAGAGGAGGUGGUGAAGACCUCUGGGUAUCCUAAAAGAUACUUUAAAUUAUGCGUUAGGGAAUUCCCAGGAUGUUCCAAACAGGCCCACCAGGAAGAUCUCAGUGACCUGUAUCAAGAGGGUUGUGGGAAGAAAAUGUACUCCUUUUUGAGAGGAACCAAACAACUGCAGGUGCUACGGUUUCUGGGGAUCUCCAUUGGAGUGACACAAAUCCUGGCCAUGAUUCUCACCAUCACUUUGCUCUGGGCUCUCUAUUAUGAUAGGAGGGAGCCUGGGACAGACCAAAUAAUGUCUCUGAAGAAUGACACGACUCAGCACCUGUCAUGUCACUCAGUGGAGCUGCUGAAACCCAGCCUGACGAGGAUGUUUGAACACACCUCCAUGGCCAACAGCUUCGACACACACUUUGAAAUGGAGGAAUUAUAGAGGAUGUCGAAGGAGGAAGCCACCCAGUUAUUUUAUUUCACUUGUGAAUUUUUGAGCACAGAGUUGUUUCAGAAAUGUGUAGAAAUAAAAAUGCCAUAAAGCAAUGCCUACGCAUGUGAUUUUGAACUCUUUAAAAUGAAGAGGGAAAAGCUCCACAUAUUAUGUUGCCACCUGGACAAUAGUUGCUGCCCUUUACAAUGCCAAGGACAGAUCUAAUAUCCACUUUAUAGCUUGUGUCAGAUUUUUACUAAACAUAGUUAGGCUUUGAGGUUUACGCUUUGGUACAGACUGACCAACGUUUCUGCAUGCCUACUAUGAUGGGAUUGGAGCUACAGUCAAGUUCGAUUUACUUCUGUAAGCUCGCUAGUAGAGAAAGUGCCAGUUAAUUGCUAACAUAGGAAGUUAAACAAUACUAAUGA